AUGAGACAGUACAUUCCAGAUAGUUUGUCUGAUAAAGUUAUCAGGCUCUACCAAAAGGACACAACCAAGUAUGUAAUACAUGAGACGACUGAUAACCCGUCGGGGACAAGAUGCGAUAAAGAAAAGAAGGGGGUGCAUAACCACGAAGUGUGUGUACUUACAGAUAAGGGACUACAGACGGAACUGUUGAUAACGCUAUUCAUGAUGCUACUGGAUGAAUGCAAAGAGCAAUAG